GGAUGCGAAUCCUUUUUGCGCUUUCUCUCUACGCCCACCAAAACCGCCUUUCAAGCUUCUUUCUAUUUCUCUCUUAUGGUUUCUUCCCUUAGGGUUAGGGUUUCUUAGUCGUGUCUGCUUUGAAAUUUCUGCUAAACAAAUGUUGCUGAUAGUUUUUUAUUCUCUUUUUAAAUUUUUUAAUAUUUCCUUGGAAGAACUUUCUAGGCCAAGCAUGGCUUGAUUCUGCUCUUCUCUGGGGUGGCAGUUCUGGAAUGGAAAUGUAUAAUGUUUCUGGACAUGGAAAUGCAGAAAACUAUUUGGUACUUGCAACUAACAGCCUAUUUUCACCUGUUUCUGUGUUCCAAUUCAAGGUGCUGAGAUAAACCCUUUUUUGACAAAUCCACUUCUUGAGCAAGUUGAAGUGAUGUACAACGAAGGAGCCCCUGAGUUUUUUGUGGAUCAGGGUUUGUACUAUCCUACUGCCACCAAUUACGGAUACUACUGUACAGGAUUUGAAUCACCCGGUGAAUGGGAGGACCACCAUAGGAUUUUUGGUGCUGAUGGUCCUGAAAUCCAGUAUGCGGGUGCACAAACUGAAAGUUUACCUUAUGUAUAUUAUACACCUAGCUAUGGAUAUGCACAGUCUCCUUAUAACCCAUACAAUCCUUACAUACCUGGUGCUAUGAUAGGUGUUGAUGGCUCAUAUGUAGGAGCACAACAGUACUAUGCCAUCCCCCCUUAUCAGGAUCCUUUAUCGUCACCUGGUUAUGUACCUGUCAUUGUUCAAUCAGAUUCCAUCCCAAACAAUUUGACAGACCUCUUGUUAGAUACUGGUGUAACAUUUGUCAAUAGACCUGAUGGAAGAAGUUCGAAACAUGGUCUUGCUUCAUCAUCUGCAGUCUUCCCCAAAAACCAUGCAAAACCUACUUCAAAUCAGACUAAUUCCGUCUCCAAGAUAUCAGAAGCGCCAAGAGCUAAUGUUGGACCUAGUAAACAAGCCUCGACACUUGGAACUGUUUCUUCCGGUGGUUUUCCUACUCCGGCUUCAUCACGCAUGUUUCAGGGUAGAGGUGCUUCUGGAUCGCUGCAAGCUGUUGACAACUUUUCUAAUGUGAAAGUUCUACCUCCACCUAACCAAUUAAAAGUUGCUCUCCCUGUCAAUAACGGCUUUUCUGAUUUUGGAUCAACUACUGCUGGACGGGCUGCGGUGGAUAAACUUCGAUCUAAGAUUCAUGUUGGUAGAACUGUCAAUGAUGUGAAUGGAUGCCCAGAUGCUUUGGGUGAGCAGAAUCGUGGACCUAGAACAAACAAAUCAAAGAAUCAACUGGCUGUUAAAGCUUACACAACGAAAGUGGGAGACAGUAAUGCACAAGGAAACAUUAUUAUAUACACUGAUCGGUACAACAAGGACGAUUUCCCAGUUGACUAUGUUGAUGCUAAAUUUUUUGUAAUAAAGUCUUAUAGUGAGGAUGAUGUGCACAAGAGCAUCAAAUAUAAUGUUUGGUCAUCCACACCCCAUGGAAACAAGAAGCUGCAGAGUGCCUAUGAAGAUGCACAAAAAAUAGCUGCAGAAAAACAUACGCCAUGCCCUAUAUUCCUGUUCUUUUCUGUUAAUGCAAGUGGUCAAUUCUGUGGUGUUGCUGAGAUGAUUGGCCCAGUUGACUUCCACAACGACAUGGAAUUUUGGCAGCAAGAUAAAUGGAGUGGUAGCUUUCCUGUCAAGUGGCAGAUCAUUAAAGAUGUACAAAAUUCCAGCUUUAGGCACAUUAUAUUAGAGAAUAAUGAGAAUAAGCCAGUGACAAAUAGCAGAGACACUCAAGAGAUAAUGUACAAACAAGGUCUAGAGAUGCUGAAAAUAUUCAAAAACCAUACAUCGAAGACUUCAUUACUUGAUGACUUUAUGUACUAUGAGAAUCGUCAGAGAAUCAUGCAGGAAGAGAAAGCCAGGGUUAUGUUUAAAACCUUUGAGACUCCAUUCUUAGUUCCUGCAGUAGAUUCUGCCCACAAGUUGGAUUGUCUUGUUGAGCAACCUCCUACUAAAGAAGAGAAAACUAUUGAGCAAAAUGGUUCUAGCAGCAUGAAGAAAACAGAGGCUUCUGUCACUGAGCGGGUUUCUUCAAAUUCUGGUGUCACUAAGGCAAGUAAUGAUAUUGAAAUUCCUGAGCAGACUAUUGUCAAAUCGGAGGAUGAUAUUGCGUCUGUUCUGAAGAUCGGUUCUCUCAGUAUUAACCCAAAGCAGGGUGAACCUAAACCCACUUCUGAUGUUGUCACGGUGGGUACAAUGCCCAUCAAAGUGGAUGGGUUUGGUGAACCCCCUGGUUUUCUAAGAGUUGGUAGUAUCCCACUUGAUCCUAGGGUACUAAAGCGCGAAAAAGGUGGCGGAUAUGCUAAGCAUCAGUCUUAAUUUUGAUAACAUGGACGGUUUUCUCAUUAAUUGGGAUCUUGUUUGUUUGGGUAUGCUCUAUGUUGUAGUUUUUGCAAGGCGGGUCAUUGUAAACGUGAGUGUUUGAUGAUCAAUCUAGGUUACAAGAGUCGGUAAAUUUGAAAUUCUUGUUUUCAUAAAUUAUUGUGAUUUCUUCGCAACCCCUGGUCUGCUUUGCUUGAUGCAGUUAUUUUGAUGUACUUGUAUUGGGGGUUAUGUUUCUUGCUGCCGAAGUCCAAAUACAAUUGUAAUCUUUUUCUUCUUUCAACAUUAUUAUUAUUAUUAUUAUUA